UGACAUUACAUAUUGCAUUCCACUACACAAUCAUUACAACCUCUCUUAUAUUCACCUAAACCCUAAUCUCCUGAUAACAACGAGUAUAUAUAAUUUCAUAUCUAAAUGGAGUGUAGUUUGUUUAAGGUUAUUAUGUUUCUUUUGCUUGUUUUAGGUAUUGUGAACACAUUAGUGCAUGGCCAAGGGACAAGUGUAGGAUUUUAUUCUAGUACUUGUUCUCAAGCUGAAUCUAUUGUUAAGUCCACUGUUGCAUCCCAUGUUAACUCCGAUUCCACCGUCGCUCCUGGCUUACUUAGGAUGCACUUCCAUGAUUGUUUUGUUCAAGGUUGUGAUGGAUCUGUACUUGUUUCCGGAUCAAGUACUGAGAGAACAGCAUUUCCAAACCUUGGUUUAAGAGGCUAUGAAGUUAUUGAUGAUGCUAAGACACAGCUCGAGACUGCAUGUCCUGGUGUUGUUUCUUGUGCUGAUAUUCUCGCCCUUGCUGCCCGUGAUUCCGUUGUUUUGAGUGGUGGACUGAGUUGGCAAGUGCCUACCGGACGAAGAGACGGUCGCGUGUCACAAGCAUCAGAUGUCAAUAACUUACCUGCUCCUACUGAUUCAGUUGAUGUGCAAAAACAAAAGUUUGCAGCAAAAGGCCUUAAUACUCAAGACCUUGUCACCCUAGUUGGUGGACAUACAAUUGGUACAACUGCGUGUCAAUUCUUCAGCAAUAGAUUGAGAAAUUUCACUACUAAUGGUGCUGCUGAUCCUUCCAUUGACCCUUCAUUUCUUUCCCAAUUACAAACACUUUGUCCUCAAAACAGUGGUGCUACUAACCGAGUUGCAUUGGAUAAUGGAAGUCAAAACAAAUUUGAUAAUUCUUAUUAUGCUAAUCUAAGAAACGGGCAUGGAAUUCUUCAAUCAGAUCAGGCGUUGUGGAAUGAUGAUUCAACAAAGACCUUUGUGCAAAGAUAUUUGGGUUUAAGAGGGUUGCUUGGAUUAACAUUUAAUGUUGAAUUUGGAAGAUCAAUGGUAAAGAUGGGUAAUAUUGGAGUUAAGACAGGUACUGAGGGUGAAAUCCGCAAGAAAUGUUCUGCUUUUAACUAAAUGUGUAUAUAGUUUUCUUCAUUAGUCUUUACUUUAGUGUUGGCAUGCUUGCCAUUUAAGUGUAUAAUACAUAGUUAUAUAGUCUUUCUUUUUUGUUUUCAAUUCAUAAGAAAUAUGUUGAAAGUGUAAAAGCAUAAAAAAGUGUGACAUAUAUACCAAUGGAAUCUCUUUGUUUGUGAUGAA